ACACAGCAGUGUUUCUGUUCCGAGUCAGCUGCGGCACAGUCCAGUAAACUUGGCCUGUUCUUGUGUAUUUUCACGAAAUUAGAAACCUUUCAUUCCAAUCAUGCCUAACCCCAGAGUUUUCUUCGACAUCACUAUCGGCGAUUCCGCCGCCGGCAGGAUUGAAAUUGAGCUUUUUGCUGAUGUGGUCCCCAAGACUGCAGAGAACUUCCGUGUCCUGUGCACCGGGGACAAGGGGUUCGGCUACAAGGGCUCCGGCUUCCAUCGCAUCAUCCCCGGUUUCAUGUGCCAGGGUGGUGACUUCACCAACCACAAUGGAACCGGGGGCAAGUCCAUCUACGGAAACAAGUUUCCCGACGAGAACUUUACCCUGAAGCACACUGGCAUGGGCUGUCUGUCCAUGGCCAACGCUGGCCCCAACACCAAUGGAUCCCAGUUCUUCAUCUGCACUGCUAACACCGACUGGCUGAACGGCAAGCACGUUGUGUUCGGCAAGGUCGUGGAGGGGCUCAGCAUCAUCGCUAACAUGGAGAAGAAGGGUUCAAGCAGUGGCAAAUGCUCCGCCAAGGUCGUCAUCGCUGACUGUGGAGAGCUCUGAGCACCCUCCCUCUCGCUCGUUCUGCUUUCAUCCCUCCUUCCCACCCUGCCUCCUUUCACCCAGCUUUUCGUCCCUUGGUCCCUCCCUCCACACAGCUCUUAGCAUCAAUCCCUCCCUUAAGCUCUCCCUUCCCCCGUAAUCAGAAACAUUCCCUUUAGUGAGGUUUUGGUCCCUCCCUCCACACAGCUCUAAGCAUCAACCUCUCCCCUCCCCUGUAAUCAGAAACAUUCCCUUUAAGUGAGGUUUUGGUCCCUCCCUCCACACAGCUCUAAGCAUCAACCUCUCCCCUCCCCUGUAAUCAGAAACAUUCCCUUUAAGUGAGGUCUUGGUCCCUCCCUCCACACAGCUCUAAGCAUCAACCUCUCCCCUCCCCUGUAAUCAGUAACAUUCCCUUUAAGUGAGGUUUUGGUCCCUCCCUCCACACAGCUCUAAGCAUCAACCUCUCCCCUCCCCUGUAAUCAGAAACAUUCCCUUUAAGUGAGGUCUUGGUCCCUCCCUCCACACAGCUCUAAGCAUCAACCUCUCCCCUCCCCUGUAAUCAGUAACAUUCCCUUUAAGUGAGGUUUUGUUUAACCAUUCCUCUCCCUGACCGAACAGGUUGUCCUGUCUUGAACUAGUUUAAUUUGGCUUUUUGUCAUUAAUUUUCUGGAUUGUUCCAUCAGGACCACAUUGGUUUAGCAAAUUCUGAAUAAAGUGGCAAAAGAUUC